AGCAAACAAAAUAAUAAAUACUCGUAUAACAAGAAUAAAAUAUACUUCAAAGUGAAACUCAUACAUAUAUUUAAAAGUUGUAAUUUUAUAAGAAUUUGAAUUUUUAUUUUAAAAUUAUAAAGUAAAAGUAAUUUUUUGGAUUUAAAAAUAUGGCCGAAAACGCAGAAGUAGCAGUUUCUCCAGCAGCACCAGUAGAAGCAAAAAAAGCGGCUAAGAAAGCUUCAAGUGGAGUUAAAAAGCCAAAAGCUAAACCUACUCAUCCACCAACAUCUCAAAUGGUAGAUGCUGCAAUUAAAACACUAAAAGAACGUGGUGGCUCAUCAUUAUUAGCAAUAAAAAAAUAUUUAGCUGCAAAUUAUAAAGUUGAUGCAGAUAAAUUGGCUCCAUUUAUAAAAAAACAUUUAAAAUCAUCUGUUGAAAAUGGAAAAUAUAUCCAAACGAAAGGCAAAGGUGCAUCUGGAUCAUUUAAAUUAUCGGCUGCAGCAACCAAACCUAAAAAGGAAUCUAAACCUAAACCAAAAGUUAAGAAGGUAAAAGCAGCUGGAGAGAAAAAACCUAAAAAAGCUACUAGUGCAACAACAGCAAAAAAAUCUGCUUCUGGAGAUAAAAAGAAAUCUGCGGCAAAAAAGGUAUCUAGUGAAAAGAAAAAAUCUGAAAAAUCUGCUGCAAAAGCAGCCAAAAAAGCUGGAACAGUAAAAAGUAAGUCACCAAAACAAAAAUCUACAAAAGCAUCUAAAAGUGAUGUAAAAAAACCUAAAGCUCCCAAACCAAAAAAAGCAUCAGUUGGAGCAAAAAAAGCAGUUGCCAAAAAACCUGCAGGAAAAAAAUAAAGUACUUUUACCAUCUGAAUUUAAAUAAUGAUGUAUAUGAAUGUAAGUACAUCCGUAUACUGUAUAUAAAA